UUUUGUGUUUGUUUGGGCGUUUUGUAUUGUGGCGUCUUUCAAAACGUACGUGCUUAGUGCCGAAGAGAUUGUGUAGGAGCCGGAGAGGGUUAGCACUUUGCUUUGCAGCUCUGCAUCAUGUCGUCCGACGAAGGUCGGGGUCGCUCCCGCAGUCGCAGCCCAUCGUAUCGCAGAGAUUCACCAGGGUACGGAAGUCCUAGUCGAUCUAGAUCCAGGUCAAGAACGCCACCACGUCGCAGCAUGCGGAGUGGCGGUGGCGGUGGCGGUGGCGGUGGAAAUCGUGAGUGCCCAUCGCCGAGCAAGUGCCUCGGCGUGUUUGGCUUGAGCUUGAAAACGAGCGAGGAGGACUUGGAGAAGGCGUUCAAUCGCGUGGCGGAGGUUUCACGCGUUAACCUUGUCAUGGAUCGGCGUUCCGUUAGCUCUCGAGGCUUUGCCUUCAUCUACUUCACGACCGUCGAAGAGGCCGAGAGAGCACGUGAGGCCAUGAACGGAAAGGACCUGGACGGCCGUAACAUUCGCGUCGACUUCUCCGUCACGAAGCGCGCCCACACGCCCACGCCGGGCAGAUACAUGGGCCGACGGUCCCCGCCCAGGCAGCGCCGCCACUCGCCGUACCGCGGUGGCCGGGGCAGGUCGCGCUCCCGCUCUCCGCCCCGCCAGCGCUACUCGCCGGCGCGCGGGCGCAGUCGCUCGCCGUACUACUCGCGCCGCAGCCCGUCGCCGUACUAUUCGCGUCGGCGUUCGCCGUCCCCCUAUUACUCACGCCGUCGCUCACCGUCCCCGUACUACUCGCGGAGAUCACCUUCACCGUACCAUCGUAGCCGCUACUGAUCUCGGCGACACAGAACGGGCAUCAGCUUACAGCACAGGCACUAGAGCAGUGCCGUGAUAUUGUUGAUCCUCUAGUGUCUGUCAUUGCUUGGCUCGCUGCCUCUUGAUGGCUCACGGCUCGGCCAUGUUGUCAAGUGCCUCGAAGUUUCGAACGGAGCUCUCUCGCCCCUGGAGAUGGUGACACCUUGUGGAAAUGUGUUUGUCCUCUUCCCGCUGUGUGUGUGCGGGUGUGUGUGUAUUGUGUGCUUGGCUAUCUGUAUGUGUGUGUGUGUGGCUGUGUGUGUGUGUGUCUCUCUCUCUCUCUUUCUCUCUGUCUUUGUCUUAGUGGAACAGGGGUCGCCCCAGCUUUGGGUGCCUAUUGCAAGCUCACACACUUCUCUCUGCUUCAUGCCAAGAAUUUACCCUGAAGAGAGCCUUGAACUCCAACAUGCUUCUUGUCUGUGUGUAUUGUAUUCAACUGUUUUACAACUGUUUUAGCCGCCCACAUCCCGUUGCUUUUAAAUGUUGGGUGGUUUUUGAAGAUCAGGUGAGGUUCUGCGAUGCUAUCAUGCCCGCGAUCCAUCAAAUAAUUUGUCUUGCUUGUGCCACGAGUGAUUGUUCCCGUGUCCACAGUACUGCCGCUCCGUGAUGUCCGAUGCACACACACACACACACACACACACACACACACACACACACACACACACACGCGUCAAUGUAACGCCGGGUGCCGUGCAGCCCCGGACCUGCUACUACAGUGCUGCUCAAUGAAAUCCAGUCACGCGAGGCGCGUUUCCACCCCUACACCAUUUCGCAGGUCUAUUGCAAUUUUUUAGUGAGCAACACUGUUCAAUGACUACUUCAAAGUAUAUUGUAAGCUCUAGCUGCAUUCUCUGCCACUGGGAUUUGGCAGUGAUAAUCAUGAUAAUCCAACCCAGUCCCCCUGGCCAAGGCCAUGCACUGAUUGUUAGCCUGUGUUACUAAUCCCAUGAUCACUGA